ACCAAAAAUAUUGGGCAGCAAAUCGGGGAAACAUACGUUUGUCCAAGCCGUUGCUUUAACAUCGUCGGUACAUUAUGAGGACAAGUCUACUCACGUUUGGGAAGGAAAGUGAUUUUGCAUUCCCGUACAAUCGAACACACUCGGAAACGUCACAACGCAUUAACUGUGAAUUGUGUACUUGAGAGGCCUUGAACGCACCAUGCAGGACCUGUUGUGUUGUUGUGCUUGUUGCCAUGACGACUCCUGACCCUGGCGCCGCAGGAAAGAAGUUGUGAUGUUCACUUCUGUUUUUUGCUUUUUUUUUUUGUGGUUGUUUAUGCGCCGUUUGGAUACGUGACAUAAUCCUGGUGGUUUGGAAGUGCAGGCGCCUUAACUUGCAGUGAUAGGGUUCUGGUGGGACUUUGACUGAGUUCUGACCCGAGUCAACACGACUUUGAUGAUGUUCUGAGGAGGAGGCGACUAAAUAGCUGUUGUGGGAAUUUUAAAUUCAUUCCACAACAGGAAGUGAUGGACUCCAGCUGAGUAUUUUCUCAGCAUGAAAUACAGCCAUUUAUUUUAAUGUCUGUCCUUUAUUAUUAUUAUUGUGCGUGAAGAGGUUUUAAAAUGGACCUGACUGUGGAGAUAGACAUACCUCAAUGUAAAGACUGGAAAGAGACUCCGGUGUCUUUUGUGGACAACCUGAUCGAAGAUGAAGCUGAAAGAAAAAGCUUCACCAAACCUAUAUGUUUUAUUGUCAUUGGAAAGCCGGGCGUGGGCAAAUCUACACUGGCCAGGAAGAUAGCCGAGUCCUGGAAUUGUAUUUUGAUCGAUGACACUGAACUCAUCGACACACACAUGAAAAGUACUACAAACGAAGGGAUUGCUCUCUUGGACGUCCUCUCUGACGGCAGAAGUGUUCCGGACGAGAUGGUGCUGCAGCUCAUCAUAGCCCGACUGAAGUGCACUGAUAUCGACCACUACGGCUAUGUUCUGAGCUGCCUGCCCUUCAUGUCAGAGGACAUCAUGACCAUUCAGGAGCAGAUCGAUCUGGUCAUGAAUCUCAAGCUGAUCCCAGAUUUUAUCAUCAAUAUCAAGUGUGAUGACCAGGAUCUGGUAGACAGGCUGUCAGGUCUGAAGCAGGACCCCAGAACUGGGCUGCUCUACACCAGGGAGCAGUGGAAGUACGAAGACGUGUUUUGUCAAACGGAAAAUGAAGAUGGAGACGACGAGGAAGAAGAGGAGAAGAUGGAAGAGCCUGCAGAACCGCUACUGGAGAAAAGCACCAUCGACCAGAUGGUUUGGGUGCCGGAACACUUGACAGCAAGCGCUUCUCAGAGGAUCAAGCAGUACAAGGACUCCAUGCUCCGACCGUUGGAGGACUACAUGAUCAACCACAACCCUCUGUUCCUGCUGGAGCUGGACGGAAAAACCUCACCAGAACAGCUACAGUCGUAUGUCAUGUCCCGGCUGGAGUCCAUGGCCAUACAGAGAGUUCCUGUCCCAAUGCUUCUGCAGCAGGACGAUGAGGAGCUCCCGGAGGACAUCACCACCGAGGACCUGUACAGAAUCAUGUCCUCCAGAACGCUGGUUCCUGGCUUCAGAUGGAGGAGAAGCCGCUGGGGUCGGAUAUGUCCGGUUGCUCUGAGAGAGGGCAAAGUUGUUCAAGGCAAACCCGAGUUCCCAGUCGGCUUCCACGACAAACUCUACAUCCUCUCAUGUCAAGAAGCUUAUCAAAAGUUCCUCGCAAACCCCCGUAGAUAUCUGCUCCCUCCGAUGCCCAGAAAGCCCUGCAGGAUUGCCAUCAUCGGACCCCCCAUGUCGGGGAAGUCCACCCUGUGUAAACUGCUGGCAGAGCACUAUGAGGCGGUGGUCCUGGAUGUGGUGGAACUGGCUCGGCCCAUUCUGCAGCAGUCGGAGGAGGAGAGGCUGGAGAAGAUUCGAGAGGAGACUAUACAGUUGGCCAUAGAGAAGGUCAAGAGGAAGUACGAGGGGCAGGACAUCACAGUGAUGGAGGACCAUCCAGAAGUGGUGGAAGUCAUCGCCAGCACCCUGGAGGAGGCCAGACAUAGGAAGAGAUCUCCCUCAGACGUCUACGUGGAGGUCGCGUUGAAGCACAUUAAAGCGAUUGAAGAGGCCACUUGUGACUCCAGAGCCUGGACCGGCUGGGUGCUCGAUAACUUCCCCUACAACAUCUCACAAGUGGACACAUUCACUCAGUCAGACGUCAAAAUUGACACCAUCUUCUGCCUCAGGGACAACGGUGAUGAGAUUAUACGUCGAUAUAACAAGAGAAAGAAGAUAAGAGAAAUGCGACUGCAAAAGCAAGAGGAGGGUCUAGACGAGCCAGAGCCAGAGUCUGAAGACAUCCCACCGGUCGAUGACGAACCAGAAGAGUUCAACCCCAAGGAUUUCAAAAAGCGCUAUCACAAUUUUAUAUCCGACUGGAAAAAAGUCACGUCCACUCUGAAGGUGGACCACACGUUUCUGGACAUCGCUGGACGGACACCCAACCACCACAAGAACGAGAUAGUCAGGCAGCUGGAGAAUGAUUUCAAGUACACACCGUGGGAGCUGUCCACCGUGGACCUGGAUGAAGAGAGGGAGGACAACGAUGCUCUGGAAGAGCUGGAACGAGCAGUGAAAGCACAGCAGAAUAACAGAGAGGGCGACAAUGAGCGAGGCGACGUGGAGGAGAAAAGACUUCUGGGUGACACGCUUCACUUCUGCCCAGUGUCCCUGAAGCAACACAACGUCGUGGUGGCCUGCACGGACGACAUCGCUGCCAAGUACAGGGAGAAAACCUACUACUUCUCCAGUAUCGAGGCCAUGGAGACCUUUUUGAAAAGUCCUGACCAGUUUGUGGCCAAGCAUGAACCUCUGAAGCCUCCUGCUCUUCGGGUCAUCCUGCUGGGGACACGAGGGUCUGGGAAGACCACUCAGGGCAAGUGGCUGGCAGAGCACUUUGGGCUUUUUUACAUCCAGUUUCGGGAGCAGCUGCAGGCGCUCAUCAUGGCCAAGACACGGCAGGAGAUUCCUCGGAUGGAUGAGGUGGAGGACACGGAGGAGGCGGACAAUUUGGAGAUACUGAUCAAGAAGGCCAAGGGGGAGGAGAUCGUGGAGGCGGUCAGCGCUUCAGAUGACGCAGAGGAGAUGGGACUCGAUGAGGAUGAGAAACAUAUCAUGACCUACCUGUCUGAAGGAGCUCCUCUGCCACCAAAGCUACUGGACACAGUUGUUGCACCGUUCUGGACCAAAGAACCCUACAUGUCAACAGGUUUCAUCCUGGAGGGCUUCCUCCAGAACCCUGAGGAGGUGCAGUACAUGCUGCAGAGGCAGCUCUUCCCAGACGUGGUGGUGGUGAUGACGAUGGCGGUGAUCGACGUGCAGAGGCGCCUGCUGCCCGGGUACAUGCAGAGAUGGCGAGAAUAUCGCAGCUUCAUCCGAUCGCAGCAGAGAAUUUUGCACGAGCUGCGGAAGAAAGCCCGGGAGGAGAGCAUUGCUCAGAGACGGGCUGAACUGCUGUCGGAGAGAGUGGAGGUCAAGAAGUCGGACUAUUUUGAGGAGGAAGAGCAGCCGGCCAACACUGAGGAGGAGGUGCAAGCCCUGCUGGAGGAGGAGUUCCCCUCCGAUGAGGAGAACGAGGAGAACGAUGCCGAGGAGUCGGAGGCCACUGCUACCGAGCGGCUGGAGAUGGCGAUAGAGAAGCGCUUUGUGGCAGAUGAAAACAUCCUUUUGACUGUGACGGACCUGCUGAGCGAACAGAACAUCCCCAUCGUCUCCAUAAAUGCGUUCCGCAAACUGAACAUCGUGCGACAUCAGCUGCUGCAGAGAAUCAAGCCACUGCUGUCGAACAGAGAGUCACUCUUCCAACGAUGCCAACCCAUCCAGUACAUCCUGGCGCACAAACUCCUGGCGUCUUCCUUCAAGUUCCACAGCGGCUUCGGCUGCUUGGACCCCGUCAAAAGAUACAACGAAGGAGAUGUGAUCCAGCCUCUGCAGUGGCCCCUCGACACCACCUACCCGCUCCUCUUCCACCAGUAUAUCUAUUUCUUCGCCAAUAGAGAAAACCGAGACGCAUUUUCUCUCAAUCCGCUGAAAUAUCUUCGGCAGAGGAAACCAUACCCAUCCCUUCCUGUCAGAUUAGCUAUUGUGGGACCACCCAAAUCUGGGAAAACCACAGUCGCCAAGGUGUUUGCUCAGAAGUACGGUUUGGCUCGACUCUCCAUCGGCAGCGUCAUGCGCAUGGUGCUCAACGCUCAGGAGAACAGCUACCUGGCCGUCCAGAUGAAGAAGCACCUGCACUUGGGCCUGGUGGUGCCGGAUGAACUGGCCAUCGAGUGUCUGCAGGUGGCUCUCAUGAGUCUAGUCUGCUGCACUAAAGGAUAUAUUUUAGAUGGGUAUCCAAAAACUGUCAAGCAGGCAGAGAUGAUGGCGUCCCUGAGCAUCAUCCCCAUGUUGGUGAUAGAAAUUGAGCUGGACACGGUGGAGAUGUUGAGGAGGGGCAAGGUGGACAAGGAGAACCCGAACAAGCCUCACCUGAUGCAGGACAGCCCAGAGAACCUGCACACUCGGAACGCCUGCUACAAACAGGAACUGCAUUGUCUGAGGCAACACUACCAACUCCAGUACCGAAACUGGAUCCGGCUGAACGGCUUGAAGAGCAAGUGGUGCAUCUGGGAAAGCAUCGUGAAAGAGACCAGCGUCAGCAUGAAGUACAUCCACACCUUCGUGGAGAGAAUCAAUAACGGUCAAGCCGCAUGCAUCCACAGACUGUGUGUGAAACCUGUCGAGCUGUACGCUCGCCUGGGGGAGUUCAAGCUCUACUGUCCCGUGUGUCUGGCCCUGCACUACCAUCUCAAGGACGGUUCUGAAAACGAGUACCUGAAGAACGCGGCUGAAUACAGGGCGAAGUACUACAAGAUGUGCGACAGAGAUCACUUGGAGAUGUUCCUGACCUCUCCGGACGAAUUCAUCCCUCCCAACUGUCCGUAUCAACUUCCUGAGGACCACCUGCUUCCCAAAAAACUGACUGAGGCAGACGUGAAGGAGAGAUUCCCACAGCAGGUUGAGCUGAAGGGAUUCUGUCCAGUCACUUAUCUCGACGGCCACAAAAGAUAUGAAGCUUUAACCCCAGGAAGCAUCAAGUACGCCGUGGAAUACCUCGGUCGAAUCUACAUUUGCCAGUCCAUGGAAAAGCAGUACAAGUUUUUAAGGUCUCCUCAUGAUUACGCCAACCAUACACUCCCGUGUAAAGUCCCGCCCCUGACUGAGCCCGUGCCCCUCACUUCACUUCCUAUACUGGGCUACCUGGAGCAGGGAAUCGCAGUUGCUGCUACCAAGGCCAUGACGGCGGUUGGAUGCCUCAAACCCAAGUAUCCGUUUCUCAACGUGCAGCGCUCGGCGCUCAUCUAUGUGGCCUUCUAUCUGAAAGCCUUCAACCACAAGAGCAAAGACCACGUUCGUCAGAAGUACAAGAAGAAGCUGGCCGUGUUUGAGGAGACGUGUGAGCUGAUCCCCUACCUGAGCUCCGCCAUGAAGCCUGGCUAUAAACUCACCAACGAACGGCCGAUUGACUUUGAAUACAAGCUGAAGAGGUUCCUAGCCUUGGGGGAGGGGCCAGCGGCCCACGGCCUGCAGUAGCUCUCGCUCCAAAACCAGAAGCAAAUAAACAUUUAU